AAAGAAGAAGAAUUGACGUUUCACUUAUCAACAAAUAUGUCCGCAGCCCGAACGUAUGAUUAUUAUUUUUAGGAAAUUAUUUAGACUCUUGGAUGUUAACGUAGCAUUAUGAAGUUUUACAUAUAAGUUAAAAUACGAUAACUUGAAAAAUAUGGCUGCAGUUUUAAAAAAACGAGCUCUGGCAGAAUAUAGCCAAACUAUACAAGAAACACCUUCAGCUAUACCAACGAAAAAGCUUCGUCUGGUCAAGAAACCAUUAUCCACAACAGGCAAGAACUUUGUAACUUUAGUUAAUUUAUUAGAAGAAUGCAAAACUAGUAAUGAAGCUUUAAAUCUACUACUUCAAAUAUCCGAUACAGAUCUCGAAGCGACCGAUAUCGCCGAGGUUGUUAAAAAACUCGGCGAUCACUUUAAAAAUGAAAAAGAAUCAUCGGUAAGGGUGAAAAUUUUAUCCUUACUUUACGACAUAGGUUUCGAAAAUAAUUCCGAAAUAGUAACAAUAAUAGACGAAACAAUUUCAUUGAUCAAAAAUGAUAGUUCUCAUAAAGUUAUAGCUCAAGGUAUGAAUACUAUAUUAAAAUUAGGGGGAUUGGUAACCGAUGCGGCUAUAACAUUCCAUAACAAACUAGUAGAAGUUGCUAAAGUGUACUUGAAAGAUACCAGUCACAUUGUAAAAUCGAAAUGUUUAGAAAUACUCGGAGUGCAUUUUCCCUUAAGUACAAACGAAAAUACUGAUAAAUUAAUACAUUUAGUUAGAUCGUACUUCAAUCACGACGACGCACGAGUUAGAUGUCAAGCUUUUUCCACUAUGUUAACCUUACACGAAAGAAAUUUCAAAAUCAAUCCCAAUAUUUACGUGGAUGUAAGCGAGGCGUUAAAAGAUGAUUACGAAAUCGUUAGAUUCGUCGUUUUGAAAUUAAUUUGGCUUUUGGGAAACACCUAUCCGGAAAAUGAAAUUUUAGUUCCUGGUAGUGAACACGAAAUAAGGUUAAUCGAUGAUGCGUUUGGUAAAAUUUGUAAUGGUGUUACCGAUCUAUCUAUGAAUGUUAGAAUGCUAGCUGCAAAAUUAUUAGGUACGAUGAAAUUGGUGAGCCCGAAAUUUUUGUGUCAAACGUUGGAUAAAAAAUUAAUGUCGAAUAUGAGGAGGAAAAGGACGGCGCACGAACUCGCUUGGGAGAACGUGACUAGCGGCGAAUGGGCCAGCGGCAAAAAAUGGGCGGACGACGCCCCCAAAGAAUUGAUAGACGCCGAUAGCAUCAGCCUGAUGAGCAGCGGCGCUUGCGGGGCGUUCGUGCACGGAUUAGAAGACGAAUAUUUGGAGGUUAGAUCGGCCGCGGUGGAAUCCCUAUGCCAAUUAUCGAUAACCAACCCGAAUUUCGCCAACAUGGCGCUGGAUUUUCUGGUCGACAUGUUCAACGACGAAAUCGAAGACGUCAGACUCAAAGCCAUCGACAGUUUGAGGUUAAUAUCCGAACACAUAAUUUUAAGAGACGAUCAAUUAGAGACGAUACUAGGAGCCCUCGAAGAUUUUUCCCAAGAAGUCCGAGAAGGUUUGCACGGGAUGUUGGCGUCGUGCAGAAUGUCGACGUCGGCCGGUUUGAAAAUGUGCGCCGAAAAAUUGUUGGACAACCUGAAGCGGUAUCCGCAAGAUAAAAGAUCGACUUAUCGAUGUUUGCAGAUGAUCGGCGUCAAACAUCCCGAAUUGGUUUUGCCGUUGGUGCCGCAAUUUUUGAAUAUACACCCGUUUUUCGAUACCGCCGAGCCGGACGUCGAAAACCCCCAAUACAUAUGCCUCCUUAUACUGAUUUUGAACGCCGCCAAACGGUCCCGCACCAUAGUGCAACUAUUGGAGCCGCACACUCUAAAGCACUACCUCUAUUUGCGGGACACCAUGACUCAGUACGUUCCGGUUCUGAACCCGCCGGACUCCAACUUCGAUAACGUCGUCGGGCCCGAUCCGACCGUUCCGGAAAGCUUGAAUUUCUUGAAUAACGUCAUCAACAAUUUGGAUAUAUCGGAUAAGGUGCACGGUUCGUUAUUACAAACCGCCAAAGAUCAUUUGAACAGGCUGAGCGAGAUGGACGGCGGCGUGGCGGGCGCGGCGCAAUUCACCUCUCUGUACAUAUCGGCCCAAUUGGAAAUACACAAAAUAUUGGAAAAGGGUUUUUGGGCCAAUCCGAGCACGUUGGCUACGCAGCAGUCGCACAAUUUGAGGACCGGCAUAGAAAAUUUGUUGCAAUUAUGUUUGAAGUUGCAAUUUUUCUUCGUCGGACUCACCGCCGUCGAACAGUGCUCGGUAAAACAGGUUAGAUUGCGAGCUCUGGCUCUGAAUUUGGUUUACGUGGUGAAAGGCAGCAACGCCUCGGCCCUGGCGCCUUGCCAUCAUUUUUUGACGAUCGUCGAGGAUAUGCAGAAAGAUUUGGCCGCGUCCGGUUUGCGACCGGACCAUUUUACCGGACUCGUUCUGACGGAAUUGGCGCAAUUGGAGGAACCCAAACCGGGAGCCGUAGCUAGGAUACUGAUUCCGAUAUUAACCGAAGCUAAAAUGGAGAAAAUACCGACGCCGAAUAUCGAUAUCAAGAUGAGUUCGGCUGUGAUAUUGGAGCCGAGCAAUCGAUCUGAUACGUCGCUUAAAUUUACGGCCGGUUUGAUAAUGUCGGUGCCGUUCGAGGCCGAGUUGGUGAAUUUGAUCGAUCCCGGUAGGGUGCGUCUUAAAAUUAAGUAUCCCGAUCAGAGGACGCAGAUCGUUUUGCCGAGGCCGGCUCACAUGAAACCUUUGUCGUGCGAUAAAUCGGGAAACGGCGACGGCGUCGGUUGUAACGUUAGACUUUUGACAUCGGUUUUGAUAUCUCAUCAAGUUUGGUCGGAAGCUUGUGACGUCGAAAUCAACGUGGCUCUAGCUAUACCGGAAGCUGAUAUAGGAAAGAAGAAGAAUAUGGCGGAAGUUAGUCCGACUCUGUUGGAUUUGUGUAGGCCUAUCAAAGUUGGCGUUGCGCCCAAACCGAUCAAGAAAACUUUGUAAUUUUCAAUGGAAAAAUUUCGUUUUCGUAAUAAAUCGAUUUUAAUGUU